ACUGUUAUCACUCAUCUGAUGACAGUAACAUAGAUUGCAUAGUCUAGAUUAAAUGCAACCUUUUAAAAUUCUACAUUUCUCUAUUACAGCAGCCUACGCUGAUAAUGUUUCUACAAACACAGAGCUAAACCCUCAUUUCAGUCCUCCUAAUAUCGUCACAGAGCAUUUAGCUCUAGUUCAGUGUUCUCCAACCUUGUUCCUGAGGGGCUACUGUCCGGAGAUUAGGCUGAAACCCUAAUCUAGCGCACUUCAUUCUAAUAAUUAGCUUGUUGAUAAGCGGAACCUAGUUAGUUCCAACUGGGUUCGGAUUGAAAACCUACAGAAGGAUAGUGCUCCAGGAACAGGGUUGGCGAGCCCUGUUCUAGAGUGACUCAUGGCUGAUCCAGAGGCAGCAGGGCACCCUGGGUCAAAUUGCACCUUAUUCCCUAUAUGCCUCAAACUCCGCUCUGGACCUUGAAGCCAGUUCCACUGCAUAUUUUUGUAACCCCUCUUAUCAGGGACUGAUUUACACCUGGUCCAGGUGUGUGCAGUUAAUUGUCAGGUAUAAUUAUUCAUGAAAAUUUGUCUAGCCCGAAGGUUGAAAAACGUCUGACGUCCCAGAUAUGAGUAAAGUAGGUUAUGUGUUACACACUACCUCCUAUACGUUUUGAUUUAUAGCAUUUAGGUUGCAGACCGUCAUUAGUCCACCAGGGGGCAAGUGUACUAGAGUGAGUUGACAGUUUAUCUGAGGCUCUCAGAGGAAGGAAGAGGUACACCACUGUCUCAACAUAUUUUGCAAUCAGUCCGUACACCCGUUUGAAAAACAUUGGCUGCUAGUCUUUGACAUUUUAAUGUAGUUGUCGUUAAUAUGUGUAUAAAUUGUGAAUCAAAACUGAUAGGAUAAAAAUUUAAACAAAUGGGUGGCACAGGAUCUGAUGGACAGGACUGAAAGUACGCUGUUGUAACUCACACAUCAGUGUGGACUAGUGCUACAUUCCAAAUGUCACCCUAUUGCUCUGGUCAAAACUAGUGCACUUUGUAGUGAAUAGGGUGCCAUUUGGGACAGAACCUGGGAGGACCUCUCAACCCAACUUCUGUGUUCUCUGUUCAGUUUAGCAUGAAACCAGUGUUCUCAGCAAGGUCUCAUAGACUAGACGUAACAUAGUAAAUGUAAAUCCUUGACACAAGUUAGUAUGAAUUUUUAUUAAACAUUUGGUACGUUUGGUAUAAGAUCUAUGGUUACUUCAGGCAAAAAUGGAAGUUGGGUGGUUGGCUGGGUGUAUAACAUGAAUGUCUAGCAACCCAAAGGUUGUGAGUUCGAAUGUUGUCACGGACAACUUUAACAUUUCAGCUAAUUUUCAACUAUUUAUAACUUUUUUAGCUACUUUGCAACUACUUAGUGUGUUAGCUAAUCCUUCCCCUAACCUUAACCCUGUAACAUAUCAUACUAAAUAGUGUUUGGGAUUUACAUACAGAAUAAUACGAAUUGCUCUUUGACCAGGUUGGUGUUCUUCAAUACCCAGGUAUGGAUUGGGAUCCCCAGAGAAAUAGCCUCAGGCAUUACUAACACCCCAGCCCAUUUUUCUCCUUGAGGUUCCCAGACUGGCCCAUUAUUAGCACUAUGGCCAGUCUGUUUCUGGAAACACCCAAAUAGUAUUCUAACUAGACCCUUAUCAAUCUAUAAGAACAGAAUAUAUUUUCCACAGUCACUAAAUUAGAUUUCUUUUGAGAUAUCAUUUGAAAUGUUUUAUGUUGCUGUGCCUUAGUACCAAAAGCCUAUGUUGAGUGGAAUCAUUUGCAUUCCCUAUGCAAAGAUAGGCUACUUUUUUUUUUAGAACUGCAGGCAAUAAACCGCAGAUGGACAAUGGCACAUCACAUAUCUUGCCCGAGAGAACUUUGAAUUUCCUGUUCUACAGAACCUGUCACUGACGCAAGUCUAAUUAGUGAUGCAAUUGUUGUGCUUGGAUUAUUGUUUUACUGUCAGUGAUGCUUUGCCAUACAUACCAUGCAUGCAAGUGGAAACGGGUUGAGAAAAGAGUAGUUAUUUUGUGUGAAUUGACGCUUUCUCCCUCGUUGAAGCAAACAAUGGGUGACUCACGUCUGAAGUUUCCCCAUCGACACCACAGCUGAGUGUGGUAUUCAAGCAUAUUUUUUGUGGUCGUCAGUAAUCUCUUAAUCAGCACGGCAAAGAAACAGCUUGUGUGUGAGAGAGAAAUAUAAUGCAUCAAUAGAGUCGCAGAGCAUAUCAAAACCAUAAGAUUGCAUUAAGGAAUGAUGAUAUGAACUGCUUUAUCCCCAGGUCCACUUAAAUUUUUUUUUUGAUUUUACCCAUUUUGGGUUAGGUUGAGGUCCUUUUAAUUUGUUUCUUCUGAAACUUCUUCCUCGGCCAUAUCACCAAUAAUCAGUAGUCAGUGUAUUAACAAGGCCAGAUAAACUUAUCUUUAAUCUGUCAAAUGCUUUUCAUCCCCAGUUCAACUGACUAGUGGGUGUAACUCCAGGCGUGUCAGUGUGCUUGAAUACCCACCAAUCGUAACUACACUGAUCACAACCAGGGCAGCAAGUCUCUCAACGUGGACUCAGCAGUGGAGAGAAAAUUCUCAGCUAAGUGUUGUACACAGGAAUUCAGAGCCAAAGUGGAUAAAGUGUCAGAAGCAGAAUCUCAACUGUCAAGAUGACCAAUUCUAGCAGCAGCCCCGGCUACUGCCCUCUCAUCCAGGCCAUGGUGAACGCCAGCGUACCUUCCAACUCCUCGGCUGAGGUGGGGGCUCUGAGCCUGGCCACGGUGUGUCUCCACGGCCUGGUCUCCUCCUUCGGCAUCCUGGAGAACAUCCUCAUCUUGGGGGUCGUGGGUUUCCGUGUCCGCCGUACCGUCAUCAGCGUGUGGAUCCUCAACCUGGCUGCCUCGGACCUCCUGGCCACGGCGUCACUCCCCUUCUUCACCAUCUUCCUGGCCCGCGGAGCCACCUGGACCCUGGGCACCACCUUCUGCAAACUCCACUCCUCCGUCUUCUUCCUCAACAUGUUCGUCAGUGCCUUCCUGCUUGCGGCCAUCUCUCUGGACCGCUGUCUGGUGGUUCACAAGCCCGUCUGGGUCCACAACCGGAGGAACGUGCGGCUGGUCGGCAGGGUAUGUGGAAUCAUCUGGGCCCUGGCUGUGCUCUGUACGGUACCGUACUACCUAUUCCGGGAUACUAUUCAUCGGCAUGACGGGCGGAUCAUGUGUUACUAUAACUACGCCCAGUAUCUCCCUGUUAGGGAGUUUGACCUAAAAGAGCUGUGUGAGGCACGCCAGGAUGCCCUGGCCUUCUCUAAGCUCCUCCUGGCCUUCAUUCUUCCCCUGGUGGUCAUUGUGUGGAGCUAUGUCUCAGUGACCAUUAGUAUCGCGCGGCGUGGCCGCAACCGGCACCCUUUCCGCUUCGUUAGACUAGUGGUAGCGGUGUUGAUGAGCUUUGUGGUCUGUUGGGCUCCAUACCACGUCUUCAGUGUCCUGGAGGCUGUAGCUCAGUAUCGACCCUCCCUCCGGGGCCUCGUGGCCAGCGGCCUGCCCCCCACCGCCAGCCUAGCCUUCCUCAACAGUGUGCUAAACCCCAUCCUCUAUGUGUUCAGCUGCCCGGACCUGUGCCAUAAGAUCAGACAGUCCCUUGCGGCAGUAAUGGAGAGCGUGCUGGCGGAGGACCUAGGGGAGUGGUCACGGCGACAAAGCACGCAGAGAUCUUCCAUCAGUACCUCAGAGCUACUGCUGAGGGGGAGGCGGUCCCUCAACAAUGCCCCCAGCCUGAGAGGAAGAGACUCCAGGGCGGAGGAGGAGGUGGCACAGAAGACGAAGGAACCACACCCUGCUAACUGAGGUGGUGUUGUGUCAAUGACGGUUCCGGUGCCAAAGCCAGGUUCGCGUCUAGGUUCUGCAACAGUGGGAUACAUAAUGAUCCAUUUAUAAAUCAUUGCAUUUUGAAUCUGUGUUAUGUACAGCAUACACUCAGAAGGAUUAAGGGAUAUAUCUUGUGUGUUUUGCAAUGGUUUCAGUAGUGUUAAACCAAAGGCUCAGCAAUGUGCUAGUAUGCUUUUAUAUUUGCUUGUUGCUUUUUUACGGUACCCAUUCCAAGUAGGCUCUGAUGCACCCCUGUUCAAUUGCAGACUUGCCUGCUAAUGUAAAUGGUGACCCACUGGUCUCGCUCUUAGUUAUUGAUGGGAAAAGUCCACUGGGGCAGACAUGCUUGACCCAUGUCUUCUACGACUUGCUGUACAUAUGAUUGUGGAAUCCUUGACACAUAUAUUUUUAAUCUAUCCAUUCUCUUGGGUAUUAUUCCUAAGGUGUGGAAGGUGGCCCUUGAUCUCCUGCUCCACAAAGGUGGUGAUCCCUGCUAUCUUUGUAAUUAUCACCCAAUCUCAAAACUUUCAUGUCUAGCGAAGAUAUUAGAAGUCUCUGUAAAUUCUCAGCUGCUGUCCUUUUUUAGAUGGAAAAUCUAUUCCGAAUGCUCACCAGUCAGGCUUUAGGCCAGGACAGAGCACCAUCUUGGCUGCUUUAUAUGGUUAACGCACUAGACAGGAAACUGCACUGCACUGCCCUUUAUAUUGAUCUGUUGAAAGCAUUCGAUAUGGUUGAUCAUGCACUCCUGCUACGGAGGCUAUCCGAAAUUUGUAUAGACCAACUGGCCUGUAGCUGGUUCAAAAAUGAUCUGCACGACAGAAGUAAACACCUUCCUAAUAUUGAUUUGCACGCUCUUUUGCCCUCAGAACAGCCUCAAUUCGUUGGGGGAUGGAUUC